AGAUUGGUCGAGCAGCGUCCGUCCUUCCUGAAUGUGGCGGGAGCUGAAAGUGAGCCGAUGAGGUAAACAAACCUGCAGCAGCAGACAGAAAUGAACUAAAAGUGGUUGUAUUUUGGCGUUUGACUAUGAGCAGGCUUCGUUCAGCGAUGAAUAAAGGGAAGAGAGUCGCUCUGGAGGCGACAGAAGCAACACCCCCGAGGAAGAAGAGACCAAAGACGGCUGUGAAACGAGAAGAAACCACAGAUGCCCUCACAGCGUCCUCAUCGUACCACACGUUCUCUGAUCCUGCUGAUGUUGUGCGACUUCGCUCUCACCUCCUGAGCUGGUACGACAAGGAGAAACGAGAGCUGCCAUGGAGGACGCUGGCUGUGACAGAGUCAGACCUCAACAUCAGAACAUAUGCAGUGUGGGUUUCAGAAAUAAUGCUGCAGCAGACUCAAGUUGCCACAGUGAUUGACUAUUUCAACAAAUGGAUGAAGAGGUGGCCCACAGUGCAGGAUCUUGCAGCUGCUACACUAGAGGAGGUGAACCAGAUGUGGGCGGGCCUCGGCUACUACUCUCGUGGAAAAAGACUGCAUGAAGGAGCGCAGAAGGUGGUGUCGCAGCUGAAGGGACAGAUGCCUCGGACAGUCGACAGCCUGCUCAAACAGCUCCCUGGAGUUGGACGCUACACCGCUGCAGCUAUAGGCUCUAUUGCACUGGGACAGGUUACUGGAGCUGUAGAUGGUAACGUGAUUCGGGUUUUGUGUCGCCUGAGAGCCAUCGGAGCUGACAGCACAAGUCCUGCAGUGACAGAAGCGCUUUGGAGUCUAGCAAACAUGCUGGUGGAUCCAGAACGACCGGGAGACUUUAACCAGGUCAUGAUGGAACUGGGAGCUCGAGUCUGCACCCCGAAAGCGCCACAGUGCAGCCAGUGUCCCGUCCAGUCUCACUGCCGCUCUUAUCGCAAGGUUCAUGUCAAACAAGAGCAAAACUCUGCAAAGCUUUUAGGGAAGCUGAACAGAAACCUGCCUGAUAUAGAAGACUGCAUGAACAGUGCAACAUGUUCGCUGUGCCCCUCGGAGCCCUGGGACGAUGAGCUGGGCGUUCAAAACUUCCCCAGAAAGCCGGCGAAGAAACCACCGAGAGUGGAGCGAACUCUGACCUGUGUGGUGACCAGAGCUGGAAACGAGGGCGAGGAGGAGUAUCUGCUGAUUCAGAGGCCAAACAAAGGCUUGCUGGCAGGCCUGUGGGAGUUUCCAAGUCUUUUGCUCGAGGAGGAAAACUCUGAGAUGAAACACAAGCGGGUCCUGUGUGGUGAAGUCAGCAGAAAACUGGGAACCAAUGUGACUGAGAGCCUCCUCCAGUAUGUGGGAGAGGUGGUUCACAUCUUCUCCCACAUCCACCAGACGUAUGUGGUUUACAGCCUGCGUUUGAAGGACGGCGGCUCGCAGACUGAAAACACGCAGUGGCUCAGCAGAUCUGCUCUGCAGGAAGCUGCUGUGUCCACGGGACUGAAAAAGAUCGUGAAGCUUCAUGAUUCUGUGGACAAUGUGAAGGAGAAAACCUCCAAAGAUGGAAAAAGACAAAAGCAGACAGGCCUAAAGAAUGACAAGAAGCUGCAGACGUCCAAGAAGCAGAAACUGAGUGCAGCUAACAGUGGAGGAAGACAGCUUUCACUCAGCUCCUUCUUCAAGACUGUGAAAGAAGAAAGUUGUUAGGCUUCGUAAAAGGUCUACAUGGUGCCCUCCCAAGUAUAUGAGCCUUAAUGUGAAAGCAUCAGGACUAUAUUUCUACUUUCAGGUAUUAUAAUGGCACCAUCAGUUUUUAAAUAGUAGGACUUGUAUUGCAUCAGCUGGGUUAUUUUUAAAGACCUAAAGUAGAUCAUGUUUUAUUUUUUUAUCGUGUUUAUUAUGAACUUUAACUGUUUAGCCCAUUUUAAGUCCUUUAAACUCGUCGCAGGAUUUAAAGUCCUUUCAUGUCAGCUAACUGCGUAUUUUACACCCCAUAAGUGACAUAAUCGUCAUGUUUAUUACUAAAAUAAAACAGCAUUUUAUAAGA